AUGUCGACAAACUCAAAAACAGUGUACAGUGAAUACGGAAGUUCAUUAGAAGUUUGGAAAUAUUGCUUCAGAGCCAAUGAUGGACUCAGUGCAAAGUGCAAGGUGUGUGGGAAGGUUUUGAAAGCUAAAGACCGUUCUCCAAAAGGCUUACACACACACUUGAAGUCUAUACAUAACAUUGAUUCGAAAAAAAAGGUUGAGGAUGUUCAGAUUGUGGAAAUUGUAGAAACUUCAAUGACGACUCCGGUUGCCGGGCCAGUAGCGCCAGAGCCAGCAGCUUCUGGACCAGCUUCUUCUUCAGAUAGUACUCUUCAGCAAUCAAAAUCAUCAACUGUACCUAAAAAGCGAAAAAUUACGGACCAUUUCCACAAAGAAGAUACUUCGAAGGAAAUUAUGGGACACAAAUUACCGUCAUCUCCUAAACUUAAGGUAAUUACUUACGGAAAGACAUUAAAAAUAAAACUUAAACAAGAACUUUCUCAGCUAAAGGAAGAUAACUACAGAUACAGAUUUACAUUAACCUUCGAUGAGUGGACUUCCUCUAGAAAUAAACAUUACAUGAACGAGAAUGUCCACACAUGCAAAGAAAAUGAAGCCAUAUUUUGGAGUUUAAGCUUGAUCAGAAUAUACGGCAGUAUGCCUGCCGAAACUGCAGUGGAUCUUUUGAAGAACAGACUUUCAGAAUUUGAAUUGUCUCUUGACGAUGAUGUAGUCAACAUUACAACAGAUGGGGCUAAGGUAAUGAUCAAAUUAGGACGAUGA